AUGGCGUGUCCAAGUUAUAUCAGGAUAUAUAACACAGCCGGAUUUAUUGUUUGCAUAGUAGCUCUUCUGGCCAGCUUGGUAUUCUACAAGACAAUGGAUCCAAGAUAUCUGAGAGUGGCUGGACUCUCCCAAACGUUUUUCUUGAUGGAGGCUGCAAAUAUAUCUGCAAAAAAGAGUAAUUCUAGGUAUCUUCCGACCGUGAUGCAGCUAAUAUCCCGCAUGUUCAUCAUGUGGGUUGUCUUCUGGUACUGCGGCAUUAUAAACUGGACAUUUCCUGUCAUAACAACAUGCUGGUAUCUCUCAGACUUGGUAAGAUAUGCCUUCUACACAUUCAGGGCCAACACAGUCAGAGUAGUCCGGUACAACCUGUUCUUGCUGACGUCUCCGAUAGGAUUCGUACUUGAAAUGUAUUGCCUGAGGGCUCUAUACAACUCGCUGGGAAAAAUAUUUUCCUAUCUUGUGGUGCUGGUUGCACUAUUAUAUAUCCCAGGAUUCAUAUUCUUAUUCUCGCACAUGCUAAGACAACGAAAGUGGUCUAGGAAAGUUAAAGCGUACAAGAGCAACAGGAAAGAUUUAUGA